UUUUGAUGAUGCUGGUGGUGAUGUUUUGAUGAUGCUGAUGGUGGUGAUGUUUUGGCGCCAAGGUGGAGAUGAGAUAAACAUGUCGUCAUCACUCAUCAGCAUCUCUCCUCUUAUUCAACGUGGCGCCAAAGUACGGGAAGGGAAACAUUGUCAUCCGCAGCUCCAUUAAUAAUGGUGGCCCUGGACGGCGAGAAGAUCAAGCAACAGAGCUAUAUGCUACUGGGCAAGCUAAUUCGCACGAAGGACCCCUCGCGCAUGCAGGAGGGGCGCCAUGCCGUGGAUAGCAAGCUGAAUAAAGUCCUCACGACCCUUGACCUCACCUCCCUGGGCGUGGGGUCAUGUGCAGGGACGGGGAUGUACCUGGUGGCCGGCAUGGUGGCUAAGACGAUCGCCGGGCCGGGUGUCAUUCUAUCAUUCACCAUUGCUGCUAUUGCCUCUAUAUUCUCAGGCGUGUGCUAUGCUGAGUUCGGCGUGCGGGUCCCCAACACCUCGGGCGGCGCCUACGUGUACAGCUACGUGACGGUGGGCGAGCUCAUGGCCUUCAUCAUCGGCUGGAACAUGGUGCUGGAGGAGCUGAUUGGCACCUCCGCCUGCGCCUGUGCCCUCAGUGCCUGCUUCGACUCCAUCGCCAACGGGGCCAUAUCCAGCGCCAUGGAGAACUCGUUUGGCACGCUCUUCGGUGAGCCCCCCGACCUGCUGGCCUUCGCGCUGACUUUGAUGAUGGGGGGAGUGCUGGUCGCUGGCGUGAGGAAAUCCGUGCUCUUCAACAACGCCCUCAAUAUCGUCAACUUCGUGGUGUGGAUCUUCAUAAUGAUCGCCGGCUUCUUCUACGUGGACACAACCAACUGGUCUAAGCAUGGAGGGUUCCUGCCGAUGGGGUGGUCUGGGGUACUGACGGGCGCCGCCACCUGCUUCUACGCCUUCAUCGGGUUCGACAUCAUCGCCACAACGGGGGAGGAGGCCGUCAACGCGCGCAAAUCCAUCCCCUACUCCAUCGUCUUCUCCCUCGUCAUCAUCCUCAUCGCCUACGUCAGCUCCUCCGCCAUCAUCACGCUCAUGGUUCCCUACGAGGAGCUGGACCAGGACUCAGCGUUGGUGGAAGUCUUCGGGCAGGUCGGCGCGCACAAGUGUAAGAACUUCGUGGCUAUCGGGGCGCUGGCGGGGCUCACCGUGUCAAUGUUCGGGUCCAUGUUCUCGCUGCCCAGGAUUGUCUACGCCAUGGCCAAGGACGGACUGGUGUUUAAGAGCCUCAGCAACGUAUGGGGCGUGACGGGCACUCCUGCGGUGGCCACGAUUGUCUUCGGUCUGGGUGCUGCCGUCGCCGCCAUGUUCAUCUCCCUCACGGUGCUGGUGGAGAUGAUGUCCAUUGGCACGCUGCUGGCCUACACGCUGGUCUCUACCUGUGUGCUGAUCCUGCGCUACCAGCCCCACUCCACCACGCUCCUGGAGAUGCUACCGGAGAGCAUACGAACACCUCUGGCCGGCACCCCCCUGCCUGGCUCCCCCACCCGCUCCCCUUCCAACACUAACGUUAGCACGGCCCUGGGCAUACCUGGCGCCGGCCCCGUCACUCCCCAGAAGCUGACGGCGGCGCUGCAGCAGAACGGCGGCGCGCGCAUCCCCCCCUCCGGCCUUCCUCUCGACCAUAGAGUCACUGUCAAGAAGGUGAUGCGGUCCUCCCCCGAUUCUGACGACACGGGUAACACGGAGGAGGGUAGCGAUUUGUGGCGCCGUGAGGAUGAUUACAUGGUGAGCGACAGAUACGAGAACAGGUACUACGGAGCCGUGCCCACCGCUGCCCGCGUGCCCAGGUGGUAUGACAGGUACCUCGAGAUUCUGCAGCAAAGGUUUCCAACACUCUUCCCGUGGGUGGAGGAAGGCCCUUGCACCGAAGACAGCGGCAGGCAGGUCAUGAAGCUCGUAGGACUCCUCUACGUCAACGUCCUACUCUUUGACAUCCUACUCGUGGCCUGCAUCGGGGAGCUUGAAGGACACUCUCCCCUCGCCUCCUUCUUCUCCAUCGUCUUCUUCAUCUCCAUCAUCGUCAUCCUUCUCCUCAUCUCCCGCAAGCCGCAGAACAGACGGUCCCUGCCCUUCCUGGCGCCCGGUCUGCCCUGGGUCCCCGCCGUGGCCAUCAUCAUCAACGUCUACCUUAUCUUCAAGCUCUCCAUCCUCACGCUCAUCCGCUUCGUGCUCUGGAUGACGAUUGGCUUCAUCAUCUACUUCUACUACGGGAUCAAGAAAAGCGUGGUUGGACUGGGACAAGAGGGCGACAUCGAGCUCCACGUCACUUCCAAGCAGGCAAACCAGACCGGACUGAACGCCGUCACUCCUCCGCUCGCUCACUCCCUCUCCCCCAACGCCAACUCCACCUCCACCGGCCCCGCUCCACCCUCCGCUGACCUCCUCCACUCCUCCGCCACCACCACCCCCUCCCUCACACCCACGAUUGGAGGGGAGGGAAGGAAGGAAGGAGGCGUGUAUGUUUCUCCUAACCCAAAUAACCCGUUCCGUUAGUGUGUGUGUGUGUGUGUGUUCGUGUGUGUGUGUGUGUGUGUGUGUGUGUGUGUGUGUGUGUGUGUGUGUGUGUGUGUGUGUGUGUGUGUGUGUGUUUUAUGGGGGAUGGUCAGAGUUUGGUAUUGUGUAUGCCCUGUUGUUUUAUUAUCUUUUUUUUUUCUUUCCUUUCUUUUUUUUCCUUCCUGUUUUUUCUUUCCUUCCUUCCUUUCUUUCUUUCUUUUCCCUUUUUCCUGUUUCUCUCACUUUUUUCACAUUCCUUUCCUCUUUUCCUUCGUUUCAUAUUUUUCCGUGUCCAAUUGUGCUAAUAUCUUUAUUUCUUUACUUUCUUCUUUCUCUCAUUUAUUUAUUUCCUCCCUCAUUCCCUUUUUAUCUCCCUUUUUACUACACAAAUUUCCUCUUUUCCUUCGUUUUGUAUAUUUCUUUCCCUUCCCUACUUCUUUUCCUUUCCUUUCUUCCUUUCCUUUCUUUCCUUUCCUUUCCUUCCCUCAUUCCUCCCUCCUCUUUCUUUCACUUUCCCUCAUUCCUUUUCUCCCUCUUCUACAUUUUUUUUAUUUCCUUCUCUUCCUUCCUUCCUUCCUUCCUUCCUUCCUUCCUCCCUUCCUUCCUCCCUUCCUUCCCUCCCUCCCUGCUAUCAUUUGCCUAGCUUCGGGGGGGCCACGGGAUGGUCUCUCCUCCAAUGGGAAGAAGAUGCUCCCCUUAAGGAUCUGUCUAUACGGAAUUCUGAAGCCCCCCCUUAAAGAUCUCUCUAUAGGAAAAUCAGAGGGAGACUAAAUUAAAUAUGAGAUUGGAUAAAGUGGACCAUUAACAUUAGCGCCCCCCCCCCUCCCCCCCCAUGGAUAAAUUACUCCCCCCUCCCCUUUCCUCUCCCUCCCCCUUCUCCCCAUGGGUCUUGUUAUAUAAAGACAGAUCCUAAGCUACGGUAUUGCUUUCAUGUUUGUUUGUUUGUUUGUUUUUCUUUUUGCUCUUUUCCUUUAUUCGUCUUGUUUUCUUCUUCGUUUUCUGCUUUUUUUUUCUUUUUUGUGUGUUUUUUCUUCUUUUUCUUGUUCUUGUUCUCGUUUUUCUUCUUCGUUUUCUUCUUUUUUUGUUCUUCUUUUUCU